AUGCUCACCUCCCGCGGCGUCACUCGUCUUUCCCGCAGAGCGGUGAACAACGCUAAGAAGACCAAUGCCUUCUUUUCCACCGCCGCUGCUGCCCCCAUCCUCUCCCGUGCUGUUCCCGCUUCGCCAGCAAACCAGCGUGCGUCUCAGCGCCCGGCGCGCGUCUCCACCCAGGCUGCGCGCACGUACGCAACCGAGGCGAAGGCCGCUAUUGGUUCGGUGAAGACCGUCAUUGGUGCCGUCGUCGACGUUCAAUUCGACUCCGACAACCUUCCCCCUAUCCUCAACGCCCUUGAGGUCCAGGAUUUCCACGGUGGUCGUCUCGUCCUCGAGGUCGCGUCGCAUUUGGGCGAGAACUCCGUCCGUACCAUUGCUAUGGACGGUACCGAGGGUCUCGUCCGUGGCCAAAAGGUCAUCGACACUGGUGCUCCUAUCCAGAUUCCCGUUGGCCGUGACACUCUUGGUCGUAUCAUGAACGUCAUUGGUGAGCCUAUCGACGAGAGGGGUCCUAUCAAGGGUGUUACCCGCAAGCCCAUCCACGCCGACCCUCCUGCUUUCGUCGACCAGUCCACGACCGCUGAGGUGCUCGAGACCGGUAUCAAGGUCGUCGAUCUUCUUGCCCCCUACGCCCGUGGUGGAAAGAUUGGUCUCUUCGGAGGUGCUGGUGUCGGCAAGACCGUGUUGAUUCAGGAGCUCAUCAACAACGUCGCCAAGGCCCAUGGUGGUUUCUCCAUCUUCUGUGGUGUCGGUGAGCGUACCCGUGAGGGUAACGACUUGUACCACGAAAUGAUUGAGACCGGUGUCAUCAACCUCGAGGGUGACUCCAAGGUCGCUCUCGUCUUCGGUCAGAUGAACGAGCCCCCUGGUGCCCGUGCCCGUGUCGCCCUUACUGGUCUCACCAUUGCCGAGUACUUCCGUGAUGAGGAGGGUCAGGAUGUGUUGCUCUUCAUCGACAACAUUUUCCGUUUCACCCAGGCCGGUUCCGAGGUGUCUGCUUUGCUCGGUCGUAUCCCCUCUGCCGUCGGUUACCAACCCACCUUGUCCACAGACAUGGGUGGCAUGCAAGAGCGUAUCACCACCACCAAGAAGGGUUCCAUCACCUCCGUGCAGGCCGUCUACGUCCCUGCUGACGAUUUGACUGAUCCCGCACCGGCAACGACCUUCGCCCACUUGGACGCCACCACUGUGUUGUCACGUUCGAUCGCUGAGCUCGGUAUCUACCCCGCUGUCGACCCCCUCGACUCGAAAUCCCGUAUGCUUGACCCUCGUAUCGUUGGUAAGGAGCACUACGAGACUGCCACCGCUGUCCAGAAGAUCCUCCAGGAUUACAAGUCCCUUCAAGAUAUCAUUGCUAUCUUGGGUAUGGAUGAGUUGUCCGAAGAGGACAAGCUGACUGUCGAGCGUGCUCGUAAGAUCCAGCGUUUCAUGUCGCAGCCCUUCGCCGUCGCCCAGGUCUUCACCGGUUUCGAGGGAAAGCUUGUCCCGCUGAAGGAGACUAUCCGCUCUUUCAGGGAGAUCCUUUCCGGCCAGCACGACAGCUUGCCUGAGGGUGCCUUCUACAUGACCGGUACCAUCGAGGAUGUCAAGGUCAAGGCUGAGGCGCUCGCGAAGGAGCUUAGCAACUCAUAAACCUUCUCGUUGUCGACUCCUACCCUACGGUCUGCCGCCGGCUCAAAAACACUGGACGAGGAUGGACUGGACGGGUGGUUCGAUGCGCGAUGGUUGUUCUCUGACGAUGCGGCGAUGGGACGAAGUGUGGAUCUGGAGUGGAUUUUCGGCGGUUGCGUGUCUAGAUUCAUUGGGUGUGGCUAGAAUUGUUUGCUGCUCUAUCAUGUCUCUUGCGUGCGUUCGCGCAUCAGCACUGGAUGUCUGAUGGAGUUUUGAACCGUCCCGCUGCACUCGAUAAUAAAAAUGUCUUCUUCCUUUCCCCGUUUGUGUGAUCUGAUACGGAUGUGUCUGUUCGUUUCCGUGAAUUUUG